AUGAUUCCUCAAAAAGAUGAUAUAAAAUUAUUCAAGGAUCUUGAUGAAAUGUUUGAUACAAAUUCAGAUACACAAGAUAUUGAAGAUAAGUUUAAACACACUAGUAUAGGUUUAGCUCCAGCAGAAGCUUUCAAAAAAUCAGAAUUAUUAGGGCUCUUAAAACAUAACAUAGAAGAUAAAACAAAAUAUCCAAAAUUAAAAAAACCAAAGAUCUAUACUCUUUCAUUUGAACAUGAGAUAACAAAUGAAGAUAAUAAAAUGAAAAAUCAAGCAGAUUAUGAUGUAAGUUUUGAACUCUUAGGGAAAGACAAAACUGUGGAAACUCAGUUUUUACCUGACCCAAAACGAGAAGCUGAAGAAGCUAGAAAAAGAGAAGAAGCGGAGAAAGAAGCUCUUAAAGAGGAUGAAGAACUUAAGAAACAGAUAAUUGAAAUUGUAUUUUCAUAUUGGGAUGGCCAAGGUCAUCGUCGUAGUGUAUGUAUACCUCGUGGCAGUACUAUUGGGGAAUUCCUAGAAACUUGUAGACUUAAAUUAAAGUCUGAAUUCCGUGAGUUAUCUAGGAUAUUAAGUUCAUCUUUGAUGUACAUAAAGGAAGAUGUAAUACUUCCUCAUUAUAUUACGUUUCAUGAGUUAAUAAAGACAAGAGCUAGAGGAAAAACUGGUCCUUUAUUUCACUUCAAUGUAUUUGAUGAUGUUCGAAUAAUUAGUGAUAUUAGGAGAGAAACAACAGAGUCUCAUGCAGGCAAGGUCGUUCAAAGGCAAUGGUAUGAAAAAAAUAAAAAUACAUUCCCAGUUUAUAGAUGGGAAAGUUACUUACCAGGAAAAUUUAAUAAACCAUAUUAA